UUCUCAUUCAACAAAGUAUUUGGGACUAUUUUUUUAAAUCCGAUUUAAAGAGGUCACAUUGUGUGAUCAGGGUAUCGGUCCUUGACCAAAGAGGAACUUUUGCUUUCACUGCUUUAGCUGAUUGUCGUUGUUUAGCACCCACAAGGCUUGAUUGGUCUUAAAAAAUCCCUACCAAAAAUAGUGCAGUUCUUUGAGCAAUUGCUGGCUCAGAUAUAUCAGCUGCUGUUUGCAGUUGGUAAGAAUGGCUUCUGAGGGUGAUGAACAGAAGGUAUUAGAAAAGCACUCAGAAAACCAGUUGUUAGUGGAAAAUGCAGAUGAACUGUCUCCAGCAAAGGUCAUUUCGUGCUCUCCUCGAAAGCGUCAGCGAGUCCAAGGGAAAAAGAUAUGUCAAGUGUGUGGGGACAAGGCUUUGGCUCAUCAUUUUGGAGCACUUGCAUGUGAAACUUGCAAGGCUUUCUUUCGGAGAAAUGCUGUCAAACCACAGGAAACAAGGAAGUGUGUUUUCCAGGGAAACUGCUGUGUAGACAAAAACACAAGACGAUUCUGUCCAGCGUGUCGACUGCAGAAAUGUUAUCAUGUUGGAAUGCGCCCUGAACUUAUUCUGAGAGAAGAAGAAAAGCAAGCACGCUCGAAGAAAGCUAAGAAUAGCAUUGAUGACGGAAAAAAUGUGCAAAACAAAGCACAGGUGAUAAAUGAUCUUUCUUCCCAAAACAUUGAUUCAACAUCUGGUCAGACCAUAACCACCAGUCCUGAGCAUUCCUUCUGGCCUGCCAGUCCUGUUAAGCAGACAGUUCUGCUGAAAAGUAAUCCUCCUGGAGAUUGCCACCAAGAAAGGCCAUAUUUUAACAGUACUGGCAGAUCAUCCACUCAUUCUCAACAUCUGCGAUUUGAAACACCAGCAGAUGGGAGACACUGGGUGCAGGAACCUAGUUCAGAGGGUACUGUGAAUGUGCAGACCUUUGAGACUGGUCAUUCAGUUGGCUUUAACACAAGUCUAGCCAGUGCUCCGCCGAUGAGUGAUGCAAGCACCCAUGGUAAUAUCCGCAGUCCUCUUUUCUAGGAAAACCUCAGCCUACUGUUUCUGCGUUUUGUCAUCUCACAUUCAUGCCUUACAUCAACAUGUCAUUGGCGAAUCCCAGCUCUCAAAGCCAACUCUGUCCUCACUUCCAGCCUCCACAUCAUUUCCUCUGCCCAAUCAUUCUGAUUUUCAGCACAUUGCAAGGGAUCAGAUCCCUUCCGAUCCAUUCAUGUUCUGGCGUUUGACUGAGGAAGAGCGCUCUUUACUAGCCCAUCUGUCAUCUGUCUACCAAGAUAUAGUUUUGUCCAUUCUGCAAAUGAACCCACCAAAGGAGCCAGUGCCUCUCCAUUUGAUGACAAAAGAGUUGUGCAUAGAAGAACAUGAAGGACUGAUACGAAGUGUUAUCAGUUUUGUGAAAUAUUUGCAGGACUUUCGGCAGCUAAGCAUUGAUGAUCAGAUAGCUUUAGUAAAAGCUUCUAAUGACCCGGUGUUGUCUUUAAGGGCUUGUGCCCUGUAUAUUUCAGAAAAGGAGGCAUGGCUGUGCAAUUAUGGGUAUUUAACCCAAGAGCAUCAGCGUCAUAUAUACCCAGACAAUCCAUUUAUUGAUCAGUUUUUGCAGUUCUGCACAACUGUCAAAAAGAUUGUGAAAAAUGACACAACGCUUUAUGCUUUGCUUCACUGUGUUAUUUUAUUUGACCCUAAUGAUGAGCGCAUUACUGAUCGCCAGUCUGUGAACAUGAUCCGUGGAAAGUUCCUUACGCUUUUGCGGCAUUACUUAGAAUCAGUGUACUCCUAUUGCCAUAGUGAUAGAUAUAUGUUGGUGCUACAAGAACUUCUCCUUUAUUUAAGGGACCUGUGUCAUGAAUCUCGGUAUCUGAUGAAGAAAAUUUUUCCCAAGAUCUCAAAUGAACUGCUGGUGGAGCUGUAUGAUCUAGAUCAAUAAAUUAUUUGACCUUUAAGGGUGAGAGGAUGAAGUGUCAACAUGUAUAUUGUUGUAAUUUUUAAUAAGUUCCCUGUACAGUGUCUGGGAAAUGCAGAGUUAAGAGUUAGCAAUAAGAGUUAAUGUGGAGCAACCAACGCUCAUGUUGCUGUCUACUUGAGUAGCCUUUUUGCCAUGUAAAAGAUGGAUUUUUUUCCACUUUGCUUAGAAAUGCUGAUAGUCAUCUGCCGGGCCUCCACCGCUCAGCAGUUUUGUCAUCUGUACACAGAUUCAGUGCAGUUUAGGAGAUGGUUUUACAUAAAGAAAAUAGUAAAGGUAGUCCCAUGAUCUUAUAGUAGUUGGAGAUUGAAGCAUUGAAGACCCCACUUAUUUUGGGCACAGUUUUUUUGUAGCAUCUCUCCUCCCUCACUGCCCUACUUUUCCCAACUCUCUAAGGAAUUAGGUACUCAUUUGAGAGGGAAGCAUGUGGAGUAACAUGGACAUCAAACUGGCAUGUGUCUGCACCAUCAGGUUUUGAAAGGCAGUUGCUUUAACCAUAAUGUUUAAAGCGGGUGAGGAAAAAAGUUUAUUGUGCUAGACUUUCACUGUGAUUGAUAUCUUCCAAAUUUUGUUUUUCAACAUUAUCUAAUUUUAUAUGGCCUGUAAAUAGCAGUGAUAUUUAUAAGUAUUACCUCAGUAAUGAAUUUUAAAAUGUCAAGAUCAAUGCAAAGGAAUAACUGUAGGUGAAAGCCUAGUUAAAAUUUAUGCUACCAUUUUACCAAAACAUUUUUCACCUUGCUGAACCAUGUACAUAGAUUUCAUAAGAUGUUUUAUAUAUUUUUGUAUUAGUCUAUCUUUAUACCCUACAUUAUGCUGGAUGUAUAAUUGGUACAAAUGGCAUUAUUCUAUUAUGAAGCCCAUGUUUGAUAUUUGUUUUACUUUUAAUUAAUGGUUUAGGUUAAGCUCAUAAUAUCAUUGUUUUAUUUGUUGUUUAUUUUUAGUUUAUUAUUUUUCAAGGGGAUAUGGUGAAAUCUAGUUUUCACUUAUCUCCUCUUUGUUUAUAUAAAUCUAAAAUUGGGAUGGCUCGUCGCCAUAUAGAAGUAUUUUAGCUAGGAAAUUUGAACAGAUGCCAGAUGCUGGUAUAAGAAACCAGCAUAUUAGUAAUUGGUGAGCCAGUGAGGUUAAGUGACUUGAUUUUUUCAAAGACUUGUGUUGAUCAUGUAGUAAAUCAUUGGUAGAUAUGAUCUAUGAUCAUGUUUAUAAUAGUUCAUUGAUAUAAGCAGCAAAUCAUUUAUCAUUAUAGAUAUCAUCUAGCCACCUGCUGCUAUGAUAUAGUGUGCUUGUAUAAAGUGUAAUUUGCUGGUGCUGUCAUAUACCAUGUCAAGGUUUGAAUGAAUGAAUCCGUUACAGAAUUGUUGGGUCCAUUGACAUAAAAAUAACUACAAAUACACUUAAGCAAAUAGAAAAUCACAUUUCUUUAACUUUGUUUCAAAUAUGCACAUCGUUGUAAUUUCAGUUUUGGGUCCUCCAAAGUGUACAGACAUAUAUAUAAUGUGAUAUCCAUCAGCACACACUGGCAGUUAUUUUGAAAAUCUUUUCUAGUGCAUGAUAAAAUUAACCAGGAUUUGAUAUUGGAUAGUGCCUGUUGUUUAAAUGCUCCCUUGCAGAAAAAGUGUGCAACUUUUUAUCAUACAUGUUUAAUCUUAAAAUAAUGUUUGAUGCUAAUAUUUACAUUGCAUUUAGGUUUUUUGAAAUGAUGUGAAAAUUGUUUUAUGGUAAAAAAAUCCUACAGCAGCCAAAAACAAAUCCAGAGAUAAUUCUGACUAUUUUCAGGCUACAAUAGCUGGUGUCUAAAUGAUAGCAAUUUCUGCCAUCAAAAACAAUUGUAAAGUUCUAGCCUUUUGUUUAUCUACAUGCUAUCCAAGUGUCAGGCAAAUGAAAUAUGCAAAAUAUAAUUUUCUUUAAAAAAUUAUUACUGAGCACAGGUUUUUCCUCCUUAUGCAUCAUAGUAGCAAGUUUGCUGUUUUAUGUGAUCGAAGUAAAUGUAUGUACCUCAAGGAACCAAUAGAUUUUUUUUUUCUUUACUUUUUCUUUACUUUUUCUCUACUAUACACAAUGUGAUUACACUUUAACAAUGAUGAGGCCAGUACGUGUAUUUUAAAACUCCAAUUAUUUGACGUAAGUAAAAUAUUGCUUAUUUCAGCUUUAAAAACAUUCAUUUUUAUUAAUGCAUUUUAAGUUAUUAUUUGAAUUUAAACAAUAAGUUUUUCCAUGCUCAAAGUAUGUGUACUUCAACCAUGUACAGAUAAGGAUAGCUAACUCACACCUCUCUCUCACACAAACAGGCAUAAUGCUAUGCAGGAAGCACCAGCCAUGGUGUUUAUACCAUGCUGUGUAUAGGUGUAUGUUUAUCAAUGAGUAACCUACAUAAAGGUAAAUACACUUUGUUUGCAACAGAAAUUUAAAAAAAAACAAUUUCUGAUAAAAGAAGAUAUACAUAUUUAUUUUCAGAAUUCGAUUGGUGAUUGGCAUAUCAGUCACACCACAUACACAAGCAACACAGAAUGUGCCUGUAACUUCAUGCCAGUUCUGGAACUUGUUAGAUGCAACCAUAGUCAGCUAUCCAUUUUAUACAAAUUCAUGACUUCAACAAUCAACAAAUGAUCUCAUUGUUAAUCAUUAUAUUCCUUAGUACUGGCUAAUAAGAAAUUGAUUAAUAAACUGAAUAAUUGCAAAUAUCUUUUGUGAGCCAGUACUGAAUCAUUUACUUAAUCAUAUCAUGAAAGAAUUCACAUUGAGUCGAAAUGAUUUCAGAUGUACAUAUUUUACAAAAAAUCUGUUAAAGAUACGAGUUCUUUACUGCACAACCACUAUAUGCAACUGUUAACACAACUGUUCAAAACUUUCUUUUAUUGUUACACAACAUGCUUUACUGGUUUUCAGACCUGUCCUCGUGUUUCUCUGUGCAUAUUAAAUGCAAUGUAUAUUCAAAACACUUGAUUACACUGUUUUCUAUCCAGAUUUAUUAAUGGUCACUCAGACUGUAUUCUGACUUAAGACCAGAAUGCUGUAAAAAUUAUAAAUCCUUUUUGAAAGAAAACAUGCACACACGGUCCCGCUGCUCAGUAGCACUGAUCUGACUGAUAGUAAAAAAAAAAAAAACCAACCAACCUAUUGUAUAUAGAAGCAUUUACACUUCAAAUACAGAAGAC